AAGAGAAGGCUUGCGUGGUGGGGGGGGGGGGGUUGGAGGUUGGAAUGAGACGUGAUUUAAUUAGAUAUCGACUGACUCAUUUUUGGGGAGGAAGCGAGUUUGAGUUUAAUUGAAGCUUGUGUGAAUGUUUGUACCCUUGGCUGGCUGUGAUGCGAAGCCUUGGUAAAGGGCGUUGGUGAGCCGCCAGGGCUGUGUCAAGUGGCCGUCCUGUUCUCGGGGAAAUGCCCCAGUGUGCAGCCCCGUCGGGAUCAGUCAAAAGAAACACCGACCCCUCCGGGUAGCAGUGGGCUCGAAUCCCCAACGUGCUCGGGGCGCCCAUUAGCCAACACGACUGCUUUGUAUUAAACAGAGAACUGGGAUGCUGAUCUUUUGUUGAACUCUUCUAUCGGAGACAAGUGCGUGCAUCAGUUGGGAUGGAUGUGUUUGCAGCCAAGCCUUGCCAGGAGGUAAGAGAAGCAAAGGCAGACCAGCUUCAGGAAUGUGCACCCCGUCCUCGUGCGCUGGAGAUGUGUGCCCCGCACAUGUCCUUCACUGAAGAAACCAUGUCCCUGCUCACCACCAGCAGCCUCUUGGCCAGAUCCCUGCUGGGCACGAGGCAGGUCAAGCCUAAAGAUACCAGUUCCAUCAACCGGAGGAAACGAGAGUUCAUCCCAGAGGAAAAAAAAGACAGCAACUACUGGGACAAGCGCAAGAAGAACAAUGAGGCAGCCAAGAGAUCCCGCGAGAAGCGGCGGGUCAACGACAUGGUCCUCGAGCAGAGGGUCAUCGCCCUCCUGGAAGAAAAUGCCAGGCUGAAGGCCGAACUCUUGGCUUUGAAGUUCAGAUUUGGUCUCAUAAAGGACCCUUCAGAGACCCCAGCCACCCAAAGUAACCCACCGCCUCUCUGCUGCAUGACUGGCAUCCAGACUCCUUUUGUGGCCAGGUCUGAGAAUGGUUGUGUCACACAUCCUGUGGACAAUAAGAGUUUCCCACCUAAUAAACAGCCGUUAGGGGCUUCUCUUGGGCCAGAACCACAGGAAUCCUGUGUGGUAUCUGAGGACUCUGGUAUCUCUACUCCAGGAAGUUCCAGCAUUGGAAGCCCUGUCUUUUUCGAUGACCACCUGAGUGACCAAGGCAAAUUCUCCCCAAACCACGAGGACCACUUUGAAGGCCAACUGUCUUCCAGUAGUGACGUAGAGGUGGACCUCUCCAGGAUAGGCUCCAGUGAGAAUGUAAAGCCAGCCAGAUCCCAAGAACUAAUGGAGAUGGUGAAAUGUUUGCCCCAUAAACUUCGGUUUAAGAUAGGGGCCGGGGUGGAAGAGAGCACUGAGGUUGAUGUGAGGCUAAAGGUUUUUCAGAUGGCAGCGGGUAAUUCCACCAUCAGAACUGUUCCCGAACAGCCAGCUGGUCAGGUUAGGGAUCAACUGCAAGGAUGUUACACCAACACUUUGCCUCACUCUGACAGGGAGUCUGGGCCUGACUUGCCUUCACCUGCUUGGAGAGCUCACGUUGGAUUCUUACCAGGUGAGAACAGAAGUGGACUGAACCGCAGGUACUUUCAGGAAGUUGCCCAGGUCAGUGGCCAAGCAGUCUCAGACAACCCAAAGAACCCUCCGAAGGAGGACUCCAAAUCCGAAAAUAGCAUCCUCAGGAAUCAGCUUGCUUCACUCUCUGCCGAGGUCGCUCAGCUCAAGAAGAUGUUUUCUCAACAGAGGUGUUCCAGUUUCAAUUAAAAUGUGUCCUUGUCGGUAUUCGUACAUUGUUAAUUUGAUUUGCCUCUUGACUUAAUAGUUAAGUUAUUUACAUAAAACUGAGUCCAUGCAAAUAUUUAUUGUCAUUGUGAAUGAAUUUAAAAUGUGUGUAAAUAUAUUUUCACUUUUUUUUAAUCAGC